UAUAAAAGUAAAACAACAGCUUCUCGAUACAACUGUUAUAAAUACACAUACUCCAUUGCUGGCGCCAUCGAGUUAUGGAUUACUCAAGAGCUAAGUCGCCGAAUAUUGGAAAUGUUUUGAACGCGCGGAGACUCGCUCGAAGGAAGUUACAAAGAAGCGCGAUAAGAGAACGGGAAAAGCAAGAAAUAGAGAAAAAGGAGGAAGAGGAGAAAGAGUCACUAGCAUGGAAGGUCCUUUCAGAAGAACAGACUCAGUCUCUGAAGGAACUUACUGUCCUUGAAUUGGAAGUGAAACUUGCAGAAGUGCUGUCCAUUGAAAAUUAUCACAUCUCUCUACCAGAGGCCUGUGUACUGGAUUACUAUGUUGCAGGGUUUUGGUUUACAAAAGAACAGAAUUUCACCCUUCAGCAAAUAUCUGCAUUUUUCACUCUUUUGAAGGAAAUGCUAGACAAUAUUAAAGAAAAACAAUUUUCAUUGGUUGACAGUAUACAAAAGUUCAAGUCACUUCUGGCAGGGAUUGGAGUUGAAAACUGUCCGCUAAAUGGGGGCCUGGAAUGUUUUGAUGUAAAUCAGGCAAAGCUCAUAACUGAUUACUUUACUGACAGUUUGUUCCAGCAUUACAAGUUGUACCAGUUUCUUUUUACUCAGGAGCCACAAGAGGAAGUCGUUAUAUCUGAGUUGGAAGUUGAAGUUCCUCCACUGGCUAGCAUUCCAUUUCCACCUCCAUUAGAUGAAGGCAUGACUGAGGAAAUGUGGAGGGAACAUGUGAUGACACCACCACAGUCACCCCAACCAGAAGAACAGACAGAAGGAGAAAAGGAACAAUCAGGAGAAGAAGCUCAUUCAGAUAAUGUUGCCCACUCCAAGGAUCAAACUGCAGAGAACAUUUUAUCAUCCAUAGAACCCGCCCAGGUCAAGAAUAUUGUGAAGAAAGUAGCUGAUGAAGUGUUGGGAAAUUUUCAGGCUGAAGUUGAGGUACGGCUUAAGGAAAGAGAGACAGCGUUGGCUGCUAAGAUUGGAAAGCUACAACCAAGAUAGCAGAACAAAUCUAGUAUUACAAAUUUUGGAGUCUGUUCAUAUCACUUGAAAAAGAUAGUCUGUAAAUACAUUGCUCAGUAGGUUAAAAUUCAAUUAACUAAUUGUUAAGAGCUAAAUCCAACUGCAUUUCUGGAGAGAAGCCAUACUCCUCAGUAAACAACUGUACAUAAUAGUUAAACCUGAAUGAAAGAACUUUGAAUAUAAUAGAAUGCAAAAAAGGAAAGUUGCAAAUAAAGAGAAGCUGACACAGUAAA